AUGGCGCAGAGGGCCGCCGUGAAGACGACCUUCGAGGUCAGCCGGACCAUCCAGCCCAUCUAUGUGGGCGGUAGUGUUGCUCUGAGCCGCAACGGCCGCAUCCUGGCGACAUGUCUGGGCGAGGAUGCACUUUUGACCGAUCUCGCGACCGGCACUGAGCUCGGCCGCAUAGAAGGCGACGGAGAAGCUCUCACUUCGCUAUGUUUGACUCCCUCCGGCUCCCAUCUCAUAGUCUGCUCGCGCUCGCUUUCCAUGCGCAUAUACGCCUUGAAGCCCUCCGACUCCGCCGACGCCCUCAUCGACGCCGAACUCACCCGGACUCUCAAGCCGCACUCCUCGCCAGUCGUCGUGUCCACUGCCGACCGCACUGGCACUCUCCUCGCGACUGGAGGCGCCGACGGAACGGUCAAGGUGUGGGACAUCCGGGGCGGGUACACGACCCAUAACUUCCAUGGCCAUAGCGGCCUCAUCGCUUCGCUGCGCUUUUUCGAGGCGCAGGUUCCAAGCGCCGAAGCAGAAAAGGCUGGCAAGAAAAAGAGAGAGUCCAAGGCCGCCGAUGAGACGGGCGACUCGACCAUUACGUACAGGCUAGCAUCAGGUGGAGAGGACGGAAAGGUGCGCAUCUGGGAUUUACACAAGCGCAAGAGCAUCGCUGCUCUGGACUCUCAUGUUUCUGUCGUGCGAAGCCUCGAUUUUUCUGCAGAUGAGAACGCUCUAGUGUCCGGGAGUAGGGAUAAGACGGUAAUGGUCUGGGACGCUCGGACUUGGAAGGUCAGAAGCACGCUCCCCGUUCUCGAGGAGGUCGAAAGCGUCGGUUUCGUGCAGAAUGGUGGUUUCAUCUACACUGGCGGCACGAACGGGAAGCUUCGGUUAUGGGCACUUUCUGGAGGAGAAGUUACCGAGGAGCAAGAGCCGGGCACUGAAACCGAGGGCAUUGUCGACAUCAUUCACCACGAAGGCCUCCCAUACCUCCUGACUGUCCACGCGGACCAGACCCUUGUCCUUCAUUCCAAGGCACCUUUGGCAGAAAUUGGCGACACCGGAGCUGUCUCGCCGCUGCCGAUACUCAGACGGAUAUCCGGUACCCACGACGAAGUCAUCGACCUGGCUUAUGUUGGCUCUGACCGUUCGUUCUUGGCCCUGGCAACGAAUGUCGAGGACGUUCGGAUCAUCUCUCUGAAAUCGCAAGAAGCAGCCGCGGACGACCAGAUUGGUGGUGAUUAUUUCGGUGCUGACAAGGGUCUUCUCAAAGGGCACGAGGGCAUCAUCAUUUGCCUGGACGUCGACUGGUCAGGCCAUUGGCUGGCUACUGGAGCGAAAGACAACACAGCUCGCCUUUGGCGACUGGACCCGGAAAACAGUUUCUGGGAUUGUUACGCCACCUUCACCGGCCAUGCCGAAUCUCUUGGCGCCAUUGCUUUACCCAAGACGAUUCCGCAAGUUGGCUCGGCAGCAUAUGCCGAUCCCUUGGACCACCCGCCCGCUUUCAUCGUCACCGGUUCGCAAGACAAGACCAUCAAGCGAUGGGAUACUUCGAGCAUUAAGAAAGAUGUCAAGAAAGCUUCGCGCGCGACGUGGACCCGCAAGGCUCACGACAAGGAUAUCAACGCAAUCGACAUCAACCAUAACGCGACACUAUUUGCCACUGCCUCGCAGGACAGGACUGUCAAAAUCUGGUCUGUGGAGACUGGGGAGACGGUCGGCGUGUUGCGAGGACAUCGCCGCGGUGUGUGGACCGUGAAGUUUGCGCCAAAAGACACGCCACAAAUCAAUGGUAGCGGUAAUCGCGGUCUCAUCGCGACGGGGUCCGGCGACAAGACGGUCAAAAUCUGGAGCCUCACAGAUUACAGCUGUCUGCUGACGCUCGAAGGCCACACCAACAGCAUCCUGAAGUUGGCAUGGCUCCCUCACGUUCAGACCGGCGACUCCCGCGACAAGCGCGGUGCGGAAGUCGCAUCUGCCGCUGGUGAUGGUUUGGUCAAGGUCUGGGAUGUCAGCACAGGUGAGGUGUCGUGCACGUUGGACAAUCACACUGACAGAGUGUGGGCCUUGAUCGUCAAUCCCUCGACCAAGACGCUCGUGUCAGGUGGCGGUGACAGUGUCAUUACCUUCUGGGAGGACACGACCGAAGCCUCCAUGGAAGCCGCUGCCAAGGGCGAGGCAGAGCGCGUGGAGCAGGAUCAGCGGCUGCAGAACUACAUGCAUGCAGGAAACUGGCGUGAGGCAAUCACUUUGGCGAUUCAGCUCAACCAACCUGGCCGCUUGCUCAACCUGUUCAAGGGCGUCGUGGAAGCCGAGGAACAAGAAAAAGGCAGCUUGACAGGAAACGCGGAGGUUGACGAGGUAUUGGGAAGCCUGGCGGACGAGCAGAUUCUAACGCUCCUUCUGCGGAUCAGAGACUGGAACACCAACGCAAGGACGGCAUCGGUUGCACAGAAGAUCCUCUGGGCGCUCAUGCGGUCGUACCCGGCAGCGAGACUGUCGUCGCUGAAGGUAAUAGGUGGUGUCCAGUCGAAGAGCAGUGUGAAGGAAGUGAUGGAUGCUCUAGGAGCCUACACGGACAGGCACUAUAAGCGCAUGGAUGAGCUUGUUGAUGAAAGCUACCUGCUCGACUUUACACUCAGGGAGAUGGAUGAAGUUGUCGGGAAUUGA